ACGCCCAGGAGGCCGCCGCUGAGGGGCGGGGCCGCCCCGCUUGAAUGGGGCGCGCAUUCCUGGGGGACCACGUGACGCGGCCGCGCGGCCUGAGGUAAACAAGCGCGGCCCCGCCUCCUCCCAUCGGCGCGCUGCACUCCUGCUGGUGGGCGGGCGGCGCUCGUCUGAGCCGGCAGCUCCUCCAACCGUCCGCCGCGGCCGGCGCCCGAGUCCCGGGCCGAGCGCGCGCCCUCCGGUGCCCUCGGGCCGCCCGCGCGCUGUGGCGCAGCACGGAUUGGGUCGCGGCUCCUGACGCGGCGGCCCGCGGCGCUGAGCUCAGCGCUAUUCUCGGGCUCCGGGGCACUGCGCCCGAGGGUGUGUCUCCGAGCCGGGCUCGCGGCUAUAAGGGGCCGCGGGCGGCCGCGGCCAUGCAGCUCUACAGCAGCGUGUGCACCCACUUCCCCGCGGGCACGCCGGGCCCCACGGCCGCCGCCCCACCUGCCGCCGCCGCCGCCGCCGCAGCCUUCAAGGUCUCCUUGCAGUCAGCUGGCCCCGCCGCCGCCGCCGCUUCCCCAGAGCCGGACACCGGAGAGCGCCCACCCGCCUCGCCCACCGAAUCUCGCGAAGCCGCCGCCGCCGCCAUGCCCGCCUUCUCCGCCUGCUUCGAGCGGUCCGGGUCCGCCGCCGCCCCGCCCGGCGCGCGCGGCAAGCCGCCGCUGCCGCCGCACUUCACGUCCACCGCGCACAUCGCCGUGCGGGCCCUGGGCGCCGAGCGCCUCCUGCUGCCGCCACCCUCGGCCCCCGCGCCGCCGCGCCGCGGCUCCUCCGCCUGGCUGCUGGAAGAGCUGCUCCGGCCCGACGAGCCCGCGGCCCCGAACGCCGCCCGCGACGCGCCCGACAGGAACUUCCGACUGAGCGAGCACCGCCAGGCCCUGGCAGCCGCCCAGCACCGGGCCCCCGCACCGGUCCCCGUCGGCCCGGAGCCCGGCGCCGGCCCGUGGGGUGAGGAGCGCCGGGCGGAGCGCAGUCCCCGGGGUUGGGACCGGGCGGGCGGUCGCAGCGACGCCCCCGGGACCGACGCGCACCGACGGCAAGAUCCCGAAGCCGAGGCUCACUCGGUCCCCGCACCCGCACGGAGCAGCGGCGAGCCGGCCCGCAAUGGCGAAGGCGAGGCCGUAGGCGCGCCCCGGGCGGAUCCCAGGGACGAGAAGCUAGCCCUGUACCUGGCCGAGGUGGAGAGGCAGGACAAGUACCUGAGGCAGAGGAACAAGUACCGGUUCCACAUCAUCCCCGACGGCAACUGCCUCUACCGAGCUGUCAGCAAGACUGUGUACGGGGACCAGAGCCUGCACCGGGAGCUGCGGGAGCAGACCGUGCACUACAUCGCGGACCACCUGGACCACUUCAGCCCCCUCAUCGAGGGCGACGUGGGGGAGUUUAUUAUCGCUGCUGCCCAAGAUGGGGCGUGGGCCGGAUACCCCGAAUUGCUGGCCAUGGGGCAGAUGCUGAAUGUGAAUAUACACUUAACGACUGGAGGGAGGCUGGAGAGCCCCACCGUGUCUACCAUGAUCCACUACCUAGGCCCCGAGGAUUCUCUCAGGCCCAGUAUUUGGCUCAGUUGGCUCAGCAAUGGACACUAUGAUGCUGUUUUUGACCACUCCUAUCCUAACCCAGAGUAUGACAGUUGGUGCAAGCAAACCCAGAUGCAGAGAAAACGCGAUGAAGAACUUGCCAAGUCCAUGGCCAUAUCCCUGUCCAAAAUGUAUAUUGAACAAAAUGCAUGCUCUUGAAAAGUCUGAGGACCCGACAAGCUGGGGGAAAUGGCGUACAUCGGUAGUGUUGGGAGAACCACACGAACUCUAAUUAGGGUAAUGGCACUUUCAAUUUCCUAGUAGACUGGCUUUAGGUGUAAUGCCUUAAUCAGUUUUUGAAUGUCCUCUCAGAGCCGCAGGUUGCUGGGCACCUGAAUGAUGUUUCCUGAUAGCUUUGGGUGAGCCUACUGCUAUUUAUAAUUUGCUGUAUAAAGUGAGCGCUACUUAAUUUGCAAGCUGAUGUCUCACGGUAUGAAUUUGUUCAUUCCUGGUAGUCUAUUUUCUAUAAAAAUGUAUUUUUGCACAUUUUUAAAAAUGGGUGUACUUUCAUCUAUGACGUGUUCCAAUUGCGAGAAACGGCCUUUAAGCAGAAUCCAGAGAAGUGCUUUCUAUGAAGUUUAUUUCAGUUUGUGAUUUAGUAGUUAGUUUAUUGUUGAAAUGUUUCACAAUUCUUAAUUAUUUCAAAUGGAUAUCGACACAUUAUGUUACCAGAUGAUUAGCCCAUUCCAUUUUGAUGAAACAAACCGAUUUGUUUGGGAGAUGAUGUUAUUUUCUUUUAAGAAAUGGUCUGCUUUGAAGACAGUUAGGGAAGGGAUAGCUUUGGGACGAUUUUUUUUUCCCCUAAAUGACAGUACCAGGCUUUACUUGAAUAGAAGUCUGCUAUUUGCUGACGGCAGAAUGAUGAUUCUGUACUCUGAUGUUUAUAGAGUAGAUUGUCUGGUGGUCUCGAUUGUGUUCUUUUUAUUCAUCAACUUAGGAAAGGCAUUUAUGAAAUUUUGUGAGUUCAGCCUCCAUACAUACAGCUUCUUGGUUUCAACCAUUAUUUUUAGCAGGAGGCUAUUGUCUUAAUAUUCUGUCCUUUUAAAGUUCUUCCAAAAGGCAAAAUAGAAUUCACUUUGUAUUAUGUAAAAACAUAAACCGCUUGUAUGGUUUGCUGGGUCAAACAGUGUUUUCAACCAAAAAAAAAAUCUAUGUUGCCACUUUAACUACUUUUAGUGUAUUUAUUAAGUAAUGCAGUUUGUACUUUUUUAUUUUGUAACAUUUUGUGAUUUCUUUUGUACAAUAAUGUAUUUGUACAAUAUAGCAGUUCUCAGCUGAUGGAAUGAAUGAAUAAAAUGUAUACUUUUACAU